GCUCGGGUCGCCAGUGCCGCGCGCUCGCCUGUGCUGAGAGGAGGGUUUGCGCGAAGGCUUCACUUGACCCCCUUGCCCGCCUGCCGACCACCGCACCCUCCCUCCCCCUCCCCUCCUCAGCGCGACUCGGCGGCUGCAGCGCCCUUCGGGGACACGUCCUUUCGCUGGCAACGGCCCUCGAGCAUGACAGCGCUCUGACCAGCAUGUGGUUCGCAACUCUGGCAGGAAGGCGGCGUGGAGGGCCCGGCUGGGGGGUGGCCCUGGCCCUGGCGCUGCAGUUCUCCACCCAACUCGUCACCGCUCAGUUCCCGACCCGAGGCGACAUAUCCCUGGACGUGGCUGCUACGCCGUACGAAGCGGAAUACGACAUCAGCUACGAUGAGCUGAAUGGGCCGUGCGCUGACUACCAACCCGGCGAGGAUGACCUGCAGGCCUUCGACUUCAUCCGCAAGUUCCGACUGGACGUCCUCGAGCAGAGCUACCCCGGCGUCUCCAGCGUCCAAGGCUCGAACGAGAUGCAGAAAGCCUACCGCCUCCAGUCCAGCGCCAACCUUCAGAUCGCCACGAGAGAGAUCUUCCCACUGGGCCUCCCGCAGGAGUUCUCGCUGAUCUGCACGUACCGCGCGCGGCGACCGCCCCGCAACCGCUGGGACAUCAUCCGCAUCAGCGAUCUGGAGGGGCGACCGCAGUUCGCGAUCACGCUCAACCCCAAGACCAAGAAUAUCGAGUUCUCCAUCCUCUCCUUCGACGGCACGCUGCAGACGCGCGCCUUCGACGCGGCCAAGGCUGCCUUCGACGAGACAUGGCACAAGCUCCACUUCGGCGUGUACCGGGACCACGUGACGCUGUACCUCGACUGCGAGCGCACGACGGAGGUUCCACUCGACCCCUUCGGCCCCAUCGACAUCAACGGUAACAUUUACAUUGCCAAGCAGCAGAACUCCGCCAGGACUGUGCCGAGGAACAGGAGGCAGACGAGAAUCGAGCUGCAGUGGAUGGUGAUGAGCUGCGACCCCACCCGCCCGGAGAGGGAGACCUGCGGGGAACUGCCGCCGGGCGUGCCCCAGUCAGGCUCGGAGUGCUCCGUGGUCUGCCCCAGAGGUCCUCCUGGCUUAAAUGGAACAGAUGGACGGCGGGGCAAGCGAGGCCAGAGGGGGCCUCCAGGAGAGGUGGGGGAGCCCGGCUUCCCAGGCUUCCCCGGUAAAGACGGCGAUCCGGGCCCUGUCGGAUCCCCAGGACCUCCCGGGCCCCCAGGAGCCCCUGGGCGGCAAGGCGAGUCAGGAAACGUUGGUAACACUGGGCCACCAGGACCUCCUGGUCCCACAGGCCAACCGGGCAUUGUGGGUCCGAUCGGCCCUAAGGGUGACGUCGGCCCCAGUGGCGUCACGGGACUCCCAGGGCCCAUUGGUCCCCAAGGCGAGCCUGGGCCCCGCGGCGUUCCCGGCGACGCGGUGCUGGUGACCGGGCCUACGGGCGAGCAAGGGCCCCCAGGUCUGCCUGGACCUCCGGGAACCCCCGGCGCGGACGGGGCAGCAGGACGACCUGGACCGGCAGGAGAAUCAGGCGAGCGCGGCGCGGAGGGCCUACCCGGUAGGCGUGGCUUGACCGGACCCAAAGGAGAGGAAGGCCGCCCAGGCCCCGUCGGACCUCAGGGCGAACCAGGCCCGUCGGGUCCCCCCGGCCCCCCUGGCGCCGUGGUGAACGGCGAGGGCGGCGAGGGCCUCCCCGGCCCCGCGGGCCUCCCGGGCCCCCCGGGCCGGCCGGGCCAGCAGGGCGAGCCGGGCAUGAAGGGCAACAUGGGCGCCACGGGCCUCGACGGGCAGCCCGGCCCGCGAGGAGACAAGGGUGACAAGGGACCCGCUGGGCCUCCCGGCAUGGACGGCGCGCGCGGAGAGCGGGGUAUUCCCGGCGCCGACGGAGGCGUUGGCCCUAAGGGCGAGCCGGGGCUCAACGGCGCCCCCGGCCUCAUCGGCAAACCCGGCGUCGUCGGCCUCCCGGGUCCCGAGGGCCCGAGAGGCAACCCAGGACCAGAGGGCAUCAAGGGCAGCACGGGGAAACGCGGCGAGCCCGGCAUGCCCGGAGAGCCCGCGCCCCCCGGCCAGCCCGGACCCCAAGGACCUCCCGGAGUUGCAGGACCGCGAGGAGAAGAAGGCCCCGAGGGACCCCCUGGGCCUCCAGGACCCCAGGGACCCACUGGAAAUCCCGGCCAGAUGGGCAUCAUCGGAGCCAAGGGGCACCCUGGCCUCCCCGGUCUCAAGGGCGAGGCCGGCAAGUCCGGCAAGCGCGGCGAGCCUGGGCCCAUGGGCGAAGGAGGGCCUAGGGGCCCUGCCGGCCCCCAGGGGCCACCAGGGCGUCCCGGCAAGGAUGGCGCCAAGGGAUCGUCGGGCAUCCAGGGCCCCGUGGGGCCGCGCGGCCUGCCAGGACCUAUCGGCCCGCCAGGUCUGCUAGGUCCCGCCGGUCCGCCCGGACUGCCUGGCUUCCAGGGCAAAGUGGGCAACCCUGGGCCCCCCGGACCUCCAGGGCCCCCCGGCGAGUCCGCCCCUGUGGCUAUCCAGGUCGACGGCGAGCGCACCUACAGCCUUCCAGGCCCCAUGGGCCCCACAGGACCCACGGGCAUGCCCGGCGAGCGCGGUGCCGAUGGUGCUCGAGGGCCGCAGGGCAAGAACGGAAACCCUGGUCUGCCAGGACCCCCAGGGCCCUCAGGUCUUCCAGGGCCGUCGGGCCAGCGAGGUCCUCCCGGAAACCCCGGCAUCGCAGGAAAUCCCGGCCGUGAAUAUACUGAAGCUGAGUUGCGUUCGAUUUGCUCUUCGGUGUUGAGAGAGAACCUGGCUGAAAUAGCCAAGACCCUACAAGGCCCGCCUGGCAGACCUGGCAGGGGAAGGCGCGGCCCAGUUGGUGAACCCGGAGAACAGGGUCCUCCAGGAAAUCCCGGCUCCCCCGGCGAGUCAGGCCAGAGGGGGUACUCCGGCUACCCCGGCGCCGCUGGUCCGCAGGGGCCGGCUGGAGAGCCCGGCCCGCGCGGAUACAAGGGCGAGCGAGGCCUCAUGGGCGAGGGCAGAGACGGCAAGCCAGGGCCGCCAGGACUACCAGGACCGCCCGGGCCGCAGGGCGUGGGGCUGCCGGGCCGCAUGGGCGAGCGCGGGUCGCCCGGCCAACCCGGACCCCAGGGCGGCCGCGGCUCCCCCGGUCCCCAGGGGCCGCCGGGCCACUGCGAGUACUGCAACCCGCAGUCGUACCGGCCUAUCCAGGGGAACACGAAGGGCCCGUGAGCGACUCGCGCCCACGAGGCGGCGCCCACGACUCGGCUCGUCUCCUUCCGCUUUGUUGCUAGAGUUAGUUGACCCUCAGUCGUCCCCUUCCUCUUUACGCAUAGUCCUUCUUCAAAUGACAGCUUUACUUAUGUUGCCACACAAAAAUGUAUGCUACUGUAAUUUGGAAAAAACAAUAAAAAUUUUCUUAGGUCUUGAAACAUCUCUCAAACUUAUGCUAAGUUAAGAUUUUGGAUUUAUUUUUUUGUCCCUGUAUAAGUUAUCUGUUAAGUGUACUCUUUCUUGAUGACAAUAUCAACAAGUCUUGAUAAAAAAAAAGUUCCACAAAACAAGUCAGUUUCAGAAUAUUUACUUCAUUUUAGAGUAAAAUAAGAGUAAACCAAGAAAACAUAUCACACUAAUCAAGUUUAUCAAGACAUUUUCGUUACCUUGAUAAUGGGAUGUUAAAGAUCCCAGCUAUCGUCACUGCCAUUCCCUAUGUUCUUAUAUUCUAAGGGUGAUAAGCAAAACAGAUGAGUGUGGGACUGCAUAAUCUCCAGGUCUAAGAGCACGGUAAGCACCAUGACCCCAAAAUAUAACUCAAAACUACAAAAAAGAUAUAUAUAUAUACAAGAUAAAAUGACAUACAAAUCUCAUAAAAAAGAAAUAACGAUAACAACGAAGUAUUCUGAUUGGUGGCUCUGAGCGCAAAAAAAAAACUACAAAACAAAAGCCAAACGCAAUCCAACUAUUCAAAGACAAUACAAAGCCAGCACAGAAAUGAUGCUGUGCAAAGAUCAGUAACAAAGGAACUAACGAAGUCCCUCUGUGUCGUCUCGCGUGACCUGGAUGACCACCUAAGCCCACGCAGUCAUCUAAAGGAACUCCACGCUGUGUUCAUAAUGGUGCUACUGCGGGUCUCAUGCCUCGUAUCUUGAAACUGCCAUCGUGUAUAUUCUGUGUUACUAACAUUUCCCCUGUAUAUAAAAAUUUUUGUAUCUAAAUUAAUAAAGAGUUGGCCAACAUAU